AUGGCCGACGAAUUGGAUUACCUUUAUGCAGAUUUCGAUCUCAACUCCCUCACUGUCCCGCGCCUCCGCUCCAUCCUCGUCAACCACGACAUCUCCUACCCUGCCUCUGCGAAAAAGGCCCAGCUCAUCCGCAUCUUAGAGGAUGAAGUCCUCCCGCAGGCACGCAAGCUCUUGCGCGAUCGCGACAGGGUACGGAGAACAAGCGAUGGAAUCACGGAUAUGGGCAGUCGCGCGAGCUCGAUAGCCAGCGACGCCUCAUCUGUGGCUGGGUCGAGGAGGGUUGCGCCUAGACGGAGUGCUCGUGCCUCUACUGUUGACACUGAGGAGGCCGGCCUUGCUACCCCCGCUGCAUCGCGACGGAAGACCACCGCCGCGCGAUCAGUAGGUAAACACCCUCGUGCGUCUGAUACGGAGACCGGCGAUGACGGCCUUGCGACUCCCGUUGUCGCUGUUGGUACCUCGCCGCGUAAGUCUACAGCCCGCAAGCUGCGACGCAGCGAGAUUCUGCCCUCUACUGAGUUUGAAGACCACUCCUCAACUAUCAAGUCUGAGCCACGGGAUUUGAGUGUGUUUACCGAUGACAAUCCCUUUCAAAGUGGAAGCCCCUCGGAGAUGCCAAGCAGCCGGAGGACAAGCCAUGAUGGAAAGAGGAAGAGUGGUGGACGGUUGUCCACGGAAAGCCCUGCUGUGAGAGGCGCGCGGAGGUCACGCAAGUCCGAGACUCCUACGCGCACCAAGCAAGAAGAUGGCGUGAUGGCCCCUACAAGAGACAGCUUCGACUUUGCUUCCCGGCUGCAGCCUACUAAGGAAGAGACUGAAGAGGAGUCAGAAGAAGACGAGGAUGAGGAUGAAGAAGAUGAACUGAGCGCUGGCGAAGAGUUCACGCCUGAGGAACAGCUCGCUCUAGAGAAUGAACAGGCCGAUAUCCUGUACCCAGCCAAGAAAGCUCGACGGUCUCGAAAGAAGUCCUCCAGCAUGGCGCCUUUAUUUAUGAUUCUCGUGCUAUUGGCUAGUUUCGGAGCCUAUUGGCGCAAGGAGAAGAUCGAGAUUGGAUUUUGUGGCCUCGGAAAACCCACUUGGUCGCUGGCAGAAACCAAUGUCCCUGAGAGGGUACACGUUUUGGAGCCGCGCUGUGAGCCCUGCCCGUCACAUGCAUUCUGCUAUCCUCAUUUUGAGGCUCGUUGCGAACAUGACUUCAUUCUCAAGCCGCAUCCUCUCUCCCUUGGUGGGCUGGUGCCCCUGCCGCCGACAUGCGAGCCAGACAGCGAGAAAGCACGCCGCGUGAAGGCUGUCGCUGAUAAAGCUGUAGAGGAGCUGCGGGAUCGGAGAGCCAAAUGGGAAUGUGGUCAGCUGAAGGAUGAUAGCAAAGAGGCCCGAUCUUUUGAGAUCAGUGAGCCGGAGCUCAAGGAACAGGUGGCAAAGAAGCGCCGCAAGGGCUUGAGCGACACCGAAUUCGACGAUCUCUGGAAGGGAGCGAUUGGCGAGGUUGUUGGCAAAGAUGAUGUUGUGAGCCAUACCGAUGAACCUUCCGCCGUCCUCGUCCUCGGCUCAAACUCCAUCUCCCGACUCCCACUCACCUGCGCCUUCCGACGAUAUGUACGCCUCGCUCUCCUCGCGUAUAGAUUCCCUCUUUCACUUUUAGCCCUCGGAGUCAGUGCUAUCAUCUACGCUCGUACCCGAGUUCUCGCCCGCCGCAAAGAUAUCGCCCGUGUUCCCGAACUGGUCGCCACGACCCUUGACCGUCUCGCCACCCAAGCAGCCCUGUAUUCCCGCAGCGACGCCCGAGAGCCAUACAUCCCCAUCGGGCAGCUGCGCGACGAUGUCCUGCGCUCUGAGUUACACGGCUCCCGGCGCGAGGAACUGUGGCGCCGUGUCCGCAACGUCGUUGAAGGCAAUGCCAAUGUCCGUGCUGCCGUUCGUGAGGGCCAUAGCGGCGACGUCUCUCGCGUCUGGGAGUGGAUCGGUGGUAUUGGCGGUGUCGCCCUCAGCCCUGAGAAUCUCAACAGCGCCCACCGUCGCGACAGCGCUAGGUUCUCGCUCCCUUCUCCUGCGGGCCAUCACGUGUCUACCCCCGACGCCGGCAAAGCUGAGUCGUCGACUACCAGCCCGAGGAGGGAGUCCCGUCGGUGGGAUGAGGGACGCCCGAUCUAUUAA